AUGACAAAUUUACUACCGUCACUUAACUAUUUGUCAUUGCCAUCACCAGCAUCUCAACCAACAAUCAUACAACAAUCACCAAAAAGUUAUCAUCAACAGGACAUAUAUCAUCAACCUCAAAUCUGUCAACAACCACAAUAUGCCAAUGAUUCAUCACAAUUGUUAACAUCACCAUCUAGUUAUGCUACUACCAAUAAUCAUCAAUAUCAGACAUCACAAGGAAAAAUUAAUAUUUGUCAAACACAUGAUCAACAAACCGAUUCUGAUUGUGAUUUGGAUAGUUCAUCAAAUUCAAUAUUAUCGGGUUCAUCAACAAAUAAUAAUAAUAAUAAAUUAAAAAAACGUCGUGCAAACUUACCUAAGGAUAGCGUUCGCAUAUUGAAAAAUUGGCUAUAUGAGCAUCGAUACAAUGCCUAUCCAACUGAUGAUGAAAAGGCAAAUUUAAGUAGACGCGCGGAUUUAACGAUAAAUCAAGUGUGUAAUUGGUUUAUAAAUGCCCGCCGACGAAUUUUACCCGAUUUAUUGAAGAAAGAAGGCACAGAUCCUAAAAAAUACACAAUAUCAAGAAGAUUUUCACGAGAUAAUAAACGUUCAGCAUCGUCCUCUACCAACGAUAUUGAUAACAAUAACAAUAGUAGUAGUAAUAUCAAUAAUAUAAUAUCGAAUUCGAAUGAAAAUACAUCAGCUAAUAACACUACGUCUAUCAUAACGUUAAGUAAUGGCACAUUCAAUGAUAAUAAUCGAGCAACGAAUACAAUUCUAUAUGUUCCACCGCCUCCGCCACCAGCACCACAGACAUCCAGUAAUAAUGUCAAAUUGAACGUUAUAGUUGCUCAAAGUUCAUUUUAUGGUGGCGGUUUGGAUACGCGCCCAUCACCAGUCAAACUUGAAGUAUCAUCAUCAUCAUCAUCAUCAUCAUCAUCAUCUAUAUUGUCAAAUUCACAAUUAUUAAACACAACUGCAAAAGAACUAUUACAAACCGAAACAUCACUAGUAUCGACCACAGCGACCAAUACAGGAACCACAACCGCAUCAUUGAUACCAAUUCGAACAACGGCAACAUGCCAUAACAACAAUUAUUUGGCAACCUAUCCAAAUGGAAAAUCCUUGUAUGUUCCAAAUUUGGAUAAUGCAUUAGCAUCGAAUAAUAACAAUUUAACUGUUGUUUUGAACAAUAGUACAGUAUCAUCUGAGAUGUACUUAAAUAAACCGUCAACAUUAACGCCCCCGACAACGCCGUCGACAACACGUCAACCAAAAUAUUUAUCAGAAUGCAUCACAUCAAUUAUAUCACCACCACCAACACCUAUAACAUCGAGUGAGUCUUCUCAACAAAAAAAUACUAAUGACGAUACAUUGGCUCGAUCAACAUCAUCAACAACAUUUGUACUUCAUACGGUACUUUCUGAAUUAAGAAAACGUCAAUUAACAUCCUCGUCAAAUGACAAUGAACAAGUGAUUAUUACAAAAAUAAAAAAUUGCGAUAAUGAGUUUGACAAUAAUCGAUCGUCAUAUUCUCGACAACAGCAAAUACUGUCAGAAGAUGGUGGUAAUACUGUAAAACGUUUUCGUCUCGAUAAAACAACAUUAUCUCCACCACCAUCAUCAACGUCAUCGUUACCUUCUUCUUCAAAUAAUGGUGAUUUAGCCGGUUUUCAAUUACUUGUUGACGUUGCUGUCAAAGAAUUACAACGUAUGCAGGAUGAUCCAACGGCAACGACAAAUCAACCAAACCAAUAUGUAGCUUUAUUGUGCAAUUAG